UUCCCUCUCUCUCGUAGUGUUUUCCUGCCUCCCUCCGCUGCUUCUCUCGCCGCCAUUGAAGCUCCGUCAGCUCGGUGUUUGGAUAAUAAGAGAAGCGAGAGGCUGGAGGGAAUUUAAGAAGGAUAACAAGAGAGACAAAGAUGAUUUAAAGCGUGAGAAGCGGCCGGGACCAGGGGUUAGGGGGGGUUCUUCUUCUUCUUCCUCCUCCGCGGUAUGUAUGGACCUUCAAGUGGCAGCUGAGCGGUCCCCCCCCGGAGAAGAAGAAGUCAAUAUGCGGCGGGUGUAGUGAGCAGAAGAGCCUGGAACCCGGGGUGUCUGCGGUGCUGGUGGCGGCGGGCCGAGGGGGCGAGACAGCUCCGGUGGAAGAGCACUGUUUGUCUUUUGGAAGUAAACACGGCGAGGCGAGAGAAGUGCUUGCUGUGUGAUCUCCUGGAGAGUGGAUCUGCCGAGCUGAGAGCCCCUCCGAACGGCAGGAAGCCCCCUCUGAUCGGCAGGAAGUCCCCUUCGGCGGCGGUGCGACGAUGACCGAGCUGCUUGCCAAGUGGGCUUGUGAAUACUGCACAUACGAGAACUGGCAGUCAGCCAUCAAGUGCACCAUGUGCCGCGCUCAGAGGCCCAGCGGGGGUGCUAUCAUUACUGAGGAACCCUUCAAGAGCAGCCCAGCUCUGGAUGCUAGUCUGCACCAGUGGGACCCUGCAGGCCUCAGCAACAGCCCACCCCAGGGGGGCUCCAGCUUACUCAUUUGUCCAGACUCCAGUGCUCGACCCCGUGUUCGCAUUGCUGAUGGGCCUGAGACAAGUAGCAAGUGGUCAUGCCACAUGUGCACUUACCUGAACUGGCCUCGGGCCAUCCGUUGCACCCAGUGCCUCUGCCAGAGGCUUCACGCUCAACAACAACAACAUAGGCAACAUGCCAUCCACCAAGGACAUCAUACCCAGCAGCCACGCAGCCCCACAGAGUCACCCCAGACCUCAGGCUCUGGAUGCCGUCCUGCUCCCUCGGCCACAACUACAGACCCCUGUGAGGAAUAUAAUGACCGAAACAGGCUUAACACUCGCGUACAGCACUGGACCUGCACCGCAUGCAGUUGCGAGAACUGGGCCAAGGCACAAAAGUGUGUGAUGUGCGACCACCCCAGAGCAAAUAGUCUGCUAACUGAACCCAUCGAACUGGCAUCAAAGCCUGAGAGCCAACAACCUCCCACAAAACUGAAUGAACAUGGCAGGGACAACAGGAGGGGUGUUGCUGGGCACAUGGUGGGCCAAGGUGUAGGCAGCGUGGUAGGUGGGGUGGGCGGGUGUAGCAGCAGCCAAAGAAGAUCUCCCCCGACCCCGGAACGGGAGUCGGAGAUGAACAUGGACUUUCAGAGGAUUGAAUUGGAGUCAGGGGCUGGGAUUGGGAGACAAGAGGAGCUGGAGGUGGAUUUCAAAAAACUGAAGCAGAUAAAGAACAGGAUGAGAAGGACUGACUGGCUCUUCCUCAAUGCCUGUGUUGGUGUGGUGGAAGGGGACCUGGCGGCUGUGGAGGCCUACAAGUCGUCAGGAGGUGACAUUGCACGACAGCUAACAUCAGACGAGGUGCGCUUAUUAAAUCGGUCCUCGGCGUUUGAUGACGGCUUCACGCUGGUUCAUCUGGCCAUCCGCUUCCAGAGGCAGGACAUGCUGGCUGUGCUACUCACAGAGGUUUCCCAGCAGGCAGCCAAGUGUAUUCCAGCCAUGGUGUGCCCGGAGCUAACGGAGCAGAUCCGUCGUGAGGUCGCUGCCUCUCUUCACCAGCGCAAGGGAGACUUCACCUGCUAUUUCCUCACGGACUUGGUGACCUUCACCCUGCCUGCAGACAUUGAAGACUUGCCCCCAGCAGUUCAGGAAAAACUGUUUGAUGAGGUGCUGGACCGAGACGUACAAAAAGAACUUGAAGAGGAGUCUCCCAUCAUCAACUGGUCCCUGGAGCUCGGGACGAGGUUAGACAGUCGGCUUUAUGCCCUGUGGAACCGCACGGCCGGGGACUGUCUGCUGGACUCGGUGCUGCAGGCCACAUGGGGAAUCUACGACAAGGACUCGGUGCUUCGCAAGACGCUCCAUGACAGCCUGCACGACUGCUCCCACUGGUUUUACACUCGCUGGAAGGAGUGGGAGUCGUGGUAUUCUCAGAGCUUCGGCCUGCACUUCUCACUGCGGGAGGAACAGUGGCAGGAAGACUGGGCUUUCAUCCUCUCCCUGGCCAGUCAGCCAGGAUCCAGCUUGGAGCAGACCCACAUUUUUGUUCUUGCACACAUUCUCCGUCGGCCCAUUAUCGUUUACGGAGUGAAGUAUUACAAAAGUUUCCGUGGCGAAACGCUGGGGUACACCCGUUUUCAAGGCGUGUACCUGCCUCUCCUGUGGGAGCAGAGUUUCUGCUGGAAGAGCCCCAUCGCUCUGGGCUAUACUCGGGGCCACUUCUCGGCGCUGGUUGCCAUGGAGAACGACGGCUUUGACCAUCGCGGCGCGGGCGCCAACCUCAACACGGACGAUGACGUGACCGUCACCUUCCUGCCGCUGGUCGACAGCGAGAGGAAGCUGCUUCACAUCCACUUCCUCUCGGCGCAGGAAAUGGGGAACGAGGAGCAGCAGGAGAAGCUGCUGAGGGAGUGGUGCGACUGCUGCGUGACGGACGGCGGCGUCCUGGUCGCUCUUCAGAAGAGCUCGCGCCGCCGCAACCACCCGCUGGUCACCCAGAUGGUGGAGAAGUGGCUGGACGGCUACCGGCAGAUCCGGCCCUGCGCGUCUCUGUCCGACGGCGAAGAGGAGGAGGAGGACGAGGACGAGUGAUUAAGCUGAAGCAGGGGGAGGAGGGGGUGCAGGACUCAUCUCCCUCCUCUCUCUCUCUUUUGUUUUUUUUUCUUUUCUGACACGGACAAACUGUGAACGCCUUCAGGAGCGAUCCACCUUUUCACCGGAGACUCUGCUGCUCCCUGGCACUCGCAGGCAUUCAGACCAGAACAAUCAACUCCGACAAACUCCACCGCCGAGGAACACACGA